CACCGCCAGUGCUAACAGUACGCAGCGCACAGUCAGGACUGGCUCUCUCGCACUUUUCUCUCUCUCUCUCUCUCUCCGUAAUAUACAACGUGAGAGAAUUGAGAAAGACGACGACGACGACGACGACGACGUAGAGUGCGCAGCGGAGUCGCAAAAGGGAGGGUAGGUGUUUUGCUGCUGCUGUUGCAGUGCAGCCACCAGCAGCCAACCGCUGAGCGGCUCCUCAGUCUUCUCGGUUCGCUCGCUAGCGAUUCACGCGCGCACGACCAUCCGUACGUGUGUUUGUGUCUAUGACAACGUUGGACUGUCGCACGCCUCUAUAUAUACAUAUAUAGAUACAGGCAUAACUAUAUAUACAAAACAGAACCGAUUCUAUACAUAGACAGUUUGCGGGGCCUCUCUGCAGGCUGCCUCUCCGCGAACUGCACUUGGCUCUCGUCGAUAUAUACAUACCCACACACAUACACGCAGAAGAGAGAGAGAGAAACACUCACGACAUUACCCAUAAGUGCGUGCUCGUGCUCUGGAAUAUAAAAAGUGCAAGUGAUAUAUUCUUCCCUUCGUGUCUAGUGUACGUGCGUAAGUGUUUUUUAUGUCGCACGAGUCGAGUGCAGCCCAAGAUUCGAUUUUCCUCAAAAGUUCGGAGCAGCAUAAGCAAUUCCGCCGACUGGGUGCACGCAGCGAGGCGAGCGCUAGAACGAGAGGAGAGAUCAUCAUGGCUAUUAUCGGCAACAAAAUAGAUUGAGCUGUGUGCGCGGCUGCAUCGUGCGUAUAUGCAACACACACGCAUAAAAACUGCACACGCACACGACAACAGCAGCAGCAGUGCAAUAGCAGCGACUAGAGGCGCGUCCUUGUUUUCUUUGCCUAUAGGAGAAAAAAAAUACCGAUAACUUGGACCAGACGCUGUGUUUUUUUUUGCGCUUCGCUGAUUUUUUUUUCACUCAAACUCUACUCCGUUGUUUAUUAUAAAAAUAAUAAUACGACCUGUGUAAACAAUAGAAUUGUGCCCGUGUGCGUGGCUGCGUGUAUACGAAUAUAUACGAUCGCCGUCAGUGCGCCUCUGUUUUUUUUACUUUAUUUUUUAUUUCGUGCCUUCGCUCGACUCACUCUCUCAUUUCUCUCUCUCGCUGUGUCCGAGACGAGAGCAUCCGCAGCGAGAAAACACAUUAUACAGCUCGAGAGUGAGUGUGUCUGUGUGUGUGUGUGUGCCCGCUGUGCGAGUGAAUACAAGUGCGUGAGUCUCCGCUCUGUGUACAUGUGAGUGUGCAGCACACGGCUACAUGUAGAGAGGGAGAAGCUGCGAAACAGAGAGAAGAGAAAAUGGCUGCGUCUACUGCUAAUUCUCCGACGAAGACGUCGACGACGACGACGACGACAAGGAGGAUAGGCAGAGAAUCUCAGCUCAAGAAAUCCCUCGUCUGGGUCUUAUUGCUCAGUUGGAUCGGCAACAGUCCGAGUCUAGUCUCAGGCUUGACUUGUUAUUGCGACGGCAGCUGCCCGUCGGACAAGCAGAAUGGUACCUGCCAGACCCGGCCGGGCGGCCACUGCUUCAGCGCCGUCGAGGAGAUCUGGGACUCGGAACAAGAGGAGCUCGUGCCCGAGUGGUCGUUCGGCUGCCUGCCACCGGACGAGCAGGGCUUCAUGCAGUGCAAGGGCUACCUCGUGCCCCAUCUGCAGGGCAAGAACAUCGUCUGCUGCAACGACUCGGACCUCUGCAAUCGGGACAUAUUCCCGAUGUACAAGAGCCACUCGACGCCGCCGCCCAACAGCCAGGCCCUGCCCUCGGACGCGCCCCUCAUCAUCCUCGCCGUCAUCCUGUCCGUCUGCCUCAUCAUCUUCUCGCUGGGUGCCAUCCUGGUCUAUCAGCGCCACAAGCGCAACAAGGAGCGCGGCCCUUGCCUCGUCUCGGGCUCCGAGAGCGGCACCCUCAAGGAGCUGAUCGAUCAGAGCUCGGGAUCGGGAUCGGGCCUGCCGCUGCUCGUGCAGCGCACUAUCGCCAAGCAGAUACAGCUGUCGCAGUGCGUCGGCAAGGGACGCUACGGCGAGGUCUGGCUCGCCCGCUGGCGCGGCGAAAAGGUCGCCGUCAAGAUCUUCUUCACGCUGGAGGAGGCCUCGUGGUUCCGCGAGACCGAGAUCUACCAGACGGUCCUGAUGCGCCACGACAACAUCCUCGGCUUCAUCGCGGCCGACAUCAAGGGCACCGGCUCCUGGACCCAGAUGCUCCUCAUCACCGAUUAUCACGAGCGCGGCUCGCUCCACGAUUAUCUGCAGUCGACCGUGCUCGAUUACGCCUCGCUGCUCGCCGUCUGCCUCAGCAUCGCUAGCGGCGUCGUGCACCUGCACACGGAGAUUUUUGGCACCCGCGGCAAGCCCGCGAUCGCCCAUCGCGACAUCAAGUCCAAGAACAUCCUCGUCAAGCGUAACGGCGAGUGCGCCAUUGCCGAUUUCGGACUCGCUGUUCGCUAUCUCAGCGAGACCGGCGAAAUCGACAUCGCGCCCAAUGCGCGCGUUGGCACGCGCAGAUACAUGGCCCCGGAGCAGCUCGACGAAUCUCUCAACACCAGCUGCUUCGACUCCUUCAAAAUGGCUGACAUGUACUCGGUUGGCCUCGUACUCUGGGAGAUCUGCCGAAGAUGCGCCACCGGAGGCAAGGUCUCCACAGCGGAACCCUACGCUCUUCCCUAUCACGACGUCGUACCAAACGAUCCUGAUUUCGAAGAAAUGAGGCUGGCUGUCUGCGUGAAAAAUCUCAGGCCUGUUAUCCCUCAGAGAUGGGACUCUGAUCCAAUCUUAUGCACAAUGAGCAAGCUGAUGACUGAAUGCUGGCACUCUAACCCAGCUGUGAGAUUGACAGCGCUUCGGGUCAAGAAAACAAUGUCAAAACUGCACAUUGACAAUGCAAUCAAAAUUGUGUAGUAAAUUUGACAAAAAAAAAUUUAAUUUAAUUUUAUCUUUAUUGAAAAAGAAAAAUUAUAGACGUCCUAAUGUAUAUACAAUGCCUAAUUUCCCCUGAUUUCCUCUUAUGUGUAUAUAGUUUUUAAAAUAAUUGCAGACUGCAGCUGAAGACUGACAAUGAGAACUGAAUUGUAUAUAAUAUAUAUUAUAUAUAAAUAUAUAUAGAUUGAAGUGUAAAAAUGUGUAAUUGAAUAUGUCAAUUGUAUGAUAUCGUAUUAAAUACGUGUAUAUUAUUUUUAUACGAGUGAAUGAGUAGUGUAGUGUAAAAAACAGAAUAACAGUCAAAGCCAACAUAAAAGCCAUUUUAGUACGCUCAAUAUUGUUAUUUCACAUUAAACUAGUAAACUAUUUUAGUCCGUAAAAAUUGUAAUGUUUCUAAUGUUACUUACAGAAAAAAAAACUUGAAAUGAAGUAUUUUGUUUCAAAUUUUUAAAAAAAAUUUCUACAUUUUUAACAACGAUAAGUUUAAUAUUCAUGUAUAAAUCAAUGUAUUGUUAGCAUUAAAAUGAGUAUGUUAAUAGUAAAAAAAUAUAUUUCAUUAAAAUUAAA